AUGGCCAGCGCACGUGGGCUGGGCCUGCUGCUGCUGCUCCUGCUUCCCACCAUUGGCAAAGGUGGGCCCAGCACCGUGGUCAGGAUCAACCAGGCGGCGCUGAGCUACGUGUCGGACGUCGGGAAGGCCGCUCUGCAGCAGGCCCUGCGGGUCACCGUCCCUUCUCUCCUGGACCUGGACGAGAGCGGCGAGGUGCUGCGGGCCACCAGGAUCCAGCUCCUGAGGGUCCGCGUGUCCAGCCUGCACCUGCGGCUCCUCGCUGAGCUGGGGCUGCGCUUGUCGGCAGCGGCCAACUUUACUUUCCAGGUCCUUCGGGUCACAGAGCCCCUGGAGCUGACACUGCCCGUGGUCCUGCAGGCCGACGCCCACGUGGCCCAGGGCUCCAUCGGGACCCCCGUGGUCAGUGUCUCGGCCUGCUCCUCUGUCUUCGGCACUGCCACCAUGCCUGGUGCCAAAAACAGCCCCAGCCCUGCGCUGCUGGCCCGCGUGCAGACGCACAUCCAAGCCGCGAUGAACAGCAAGCUCUGUCUCAGGGUCUCCAACCUGGUGCAGGACCUCAACGUGCACCUGGGCACUUUGAUUGGUCUCACCCCCGUGGGUCCCGAGUCCCAGAUCCGCUACACCAUGGUCAGCGUGCCCACUGUCACCAGUGACGACAUCUCCUUGGAUAUCGACGCUGCUCUCUUCCUGCUGGGCACGCCCAUUGUCCUGCCUGAGGACACCACCCCCUUCGCAUUGCCGCGGCACGGGGGUGCCCGGGACGCCAUGGCCACCGUGGGCCUCUCCCAGCACCUGUUUGACUCUGCCCUCCUGCUGCUGCAGAAGGCUGGCGCCCUCAACCUGGACGUCACCGGGCAGCUGAACUCGGCUAACAACCCGCUGAACACAUCUGUGCUGGGCCAGCUCAUCCCCGAGGUGGCCCACCAGUUCCCAGAGCCCAUGCCCCUGGUGCUCAAGGUGCAGCUAGGUGCCACGCCCGUGGUCACGCUGCACACCAACAAUGCCACGCUGCGGCUGCAGCCCUUGGUCGAGGUCCUGGCCAUGGCCUCCAACUCGGCUUUCCAGUCCCUCUUCUCCCUGGACGUGGUAGUGAACCUGAGCCUCCAGCUGUCCGUGUCCAAGGUGAAGCUCCAGGGGACCACGUCCGUGCUGGGGGACGUCCAGGUCACUGUGGCCUCCUCCAACGUGGGCUCCAUCGAUCCGGCUCAAGUGCACUUGCUCAUGGGCACGGUGUUUGAGAAGCCUCUGCUGGACCACCUCAACGCUCUCUUGGGCAUGGGCAUUGCCCUCCCCAGUGUGGUCAACCUCUGCUACAGCAACCCUGAGGUCUUUGUCCACGAGGGCUACGUGGUGAUAUCCAGUGGACUCCUCUACCAGCACUGA